AAGCAUAGUCCUUAAUCCAAUUUCUCAUUUUCUUUUUCUUCUUCACAAAGGAAAAAUUGAAGAAGAAGCUCAUCUCUUCCUUACAAUGCCUUGAACCAAAAAUCCCACAACACCAAGAUAUUUCACCUGCAUACCUUGUACUACUCUGGGGUUAUAUUAAAAUUAAAGCAGAUGGCUUUCCUUUCUGCUAUGUUCAUUGGACUCGCCAUCGGUAUUGGAUUGAUCGUUGCUUUUGCUCGAUACGAGAAAAUCCGAUCCUCUCGUCGUACACAUAUGGCAAAGACAGUUGCUUCAUUUGCAAGGAUGACAGUGCAAGAUACAAGAAAAAUUCUUCCAUUGGAGUUUUAUCCACCUUGGGUGGUCUUUUCUCAGCGCCAGAAGUUGAGUUACAUUUAUGUUUGAUCCUUCAUAUUAACAAGAUAUCUCAAACUAAUAUUAUUAGUUUCUUCAUAAACACAGUUAGUGUGGCUCAAUGUCCAACUCAAAAAGAUUUGGCCAUAUCUAAAUGAGGCAGCAUCAGGGUUAAUAAGAGAUAGUAUUGAACCAACUCUUGAACAAUAUACACCAGCUAUCAUAUCAUCUAUUAAGUUUGCAAAGUUUACUCUUGGUACAGUCGCUCCACAAUUUACAGGCGUUUCCAUUGUUGAGAGUGAAAGUGGCGCUGAGGGAAUCACCAUGGAAUUGGAAUUGAAAUGGGAUGGUAACCCAAAUAUUGUGCUUAAUAUCAACACUAGACUUGGCGUUUCCCUACCUGUGCAGAUGAAAAAUAUUGGCCUCACUGGGGUCUUUAGGUUAAUCUUCAAGCCACUUGUUGAUGAGUUUCCUUGUUUUGGAGCUGUUGCAUAUUCCUUGAGAGAAAAGAAAGAUUUUGAUUUUAAACUUAAAGUUGUUGGAAGUGAAGUAUCAACAAUACCAGGGAUUUCUGAUGCUAUUGAGGAGACAAUUCGGGAUGCUAUGGAAGAUUCUAUAAUGUGGCCAGUUAGGAAAAUUAUACCCAUUUUGCCUGGGGAUUACAGUGAUCUGGAGCUGAAACCAGUUGGAACAUUAGAAGUGAAGCUUGUGCAAGCCAAGGACCUAGCAAAUAAGGACAUGAUUGGGAAAUCUGAUCCUUUCGCAGUCGUAUUUGUGCGUCCACUUCGGGAUAAAAUUAAAACCAGUAAAACCAUUAAUAAUCAAUUGAAUCCAAUUUGGAAUGAGCACUAUGAGUUCAUUGUAGAAGAUGCAUCCACUCAACACUUGACUGUAAGAAUCUUUGACGAUGAAGGGGUUCAAGCCCCUGAACUGAUUGGCUGUGCUCAAGUGGCAUUGAAGGACCUUGAGCCUGGUAAAGUGAAGGAUAUCUGGCUGAAACUGGUCAAGGACUUGGUUGUCCAAAAAGAUACUAAAAACAGGGGUCAGGUGCAACUUGAGCUCCUUUACUGUCCUUUUGGCACAGAAAGCAGCAUUAAGAACCCAUUUGACCCUGAUUUUUCAUUAACAUCAUUGGAGAAGGCCCUUAAAACUGCAACUGCUGAAAAGGAGGGUGACAGAAUAAUGAAUCAAAGGAAAAGAGAUAUCAUUGUCAGAGGGGUACUGACAGUGACAGUCAUAGCAGCUGAAGACUUGCCAGCAGUUGAUUUUUUGGGAAAGGCAGACCCUUUUGUUGUCCUUACAUUGAAGAAAGCUGAAAGAACAGCAAUGACAAGGGCUGCUAAUGAGACAUUGAAUCCAAUUUGGGACCAGACAUUCGACUUUGUUGUGGAGGAUGCAUUACAUGAAAUGAUAAUCUUUGAAGUCUGGGAUUAUGACAUUUUAAAGAAGGAAAAAAUUGGAAGAUGUAUUAUGACACUCACUAGGGUUUUAUUGGAAGGAGAAGUCCAAGACAGUUUCCAAUUAGAUGGUGCUAAAUCAGGAAAACUUUUGCUCCAUCUAAAAUGGGUCCCUCAGUUAGUACUCCGUGGUGCUUGAUUAUCUUGAUACCAACAAUAUUAGAGGUGCCGGUUGAGUCUUAGCUCGAUUGACAUCGGUAUUAUUGUUAAUGCAGGAAAACAUAGAUUCGAAUGUGCUAAAGCACAUUAUCCUCCUAUUUAAGAAUAGAUAAUUCUUUUUUUUUUUUUUGAAGAAAUGUAACUGAGACGGGUAAAUUGUUUCAUAGCCACAUUAUUCAUUACAUGAUGUUGCAAAAGAUAGCAAAUAUUCCUUUGUUUUAGGGGCAUC